CUCUUUAGAAAACUUUUAAAGAGGCGAGAAUCAGGGAGGACCUGGAAGCGGGGUGGACCCUCCAACUCCUCCCUCGCAACCCGUUAAGAACAGCCCACCGCCGGCGCCCGGGCUCCCCGGACGGGCCGGGACCGCGGCCGGUGCCCCGUCCCCAGCGGGAACAACCUCCCCACUGUUCCCGCCCGGAGCGGGUGCCAGCCGCCAGCCGCGCCCCGGCAGCCCGGCGGGCCGGGGUCGUAUCGGGUCACCGCGCGGGCGUGCGCCUGGCCGUGGGGCCGGCCUUUGGGCCACAGGAGAGCCCGCCCAGGCCCGGCCCCGCCUCGCCUCGCCCGCCCGCCCGCUCGCCGGCCCGGGCCCUUGACUCCGGCGCCCGCCGCGCUCGCCACCGCACGCCUCCACCCGCGCGGCUCGCUAGCACUCACCGUACUCGCGCCCUCGCCGGCAGCUGCAGCCAUGGGUCCCCGAGGCGCACGCGCCUCAGCGCUGAGGCUGCUCGCGCUGGGCGCGCUGCUGUGGCCCGCGGCAGGCGGCUGGGAGCUCACCAUACUGCACACCAACGACGUGCACAGCCGGCUGGAGCAGACGAGCGAGGACUCGAGCAAGUGCGUCAACGCCAGCCGCUGCGUGGGCGGCGUGGCACGGCUCGCCACCAAGGUGCGCCAGAUUCGCCGCGCCGAGCCCCACGUGCUGCUGCUCGACGCCGGCGACCAGUACCAGGGUACCAUCUGGUUCACCGUGUACAAGGGCGUCGAGGUGGCGCACUUCAUGAACGCCCUGGGCUACGAUGCCAUGGCACUGGGAAAUCACGAAUUUGAUAAUGGUGUAGAAGGCCUGAUUGAUCCACUCCUCAAAGAGGCCAAAUUUCCAAUUCUGAGUGCAAACAUUAAAGCCAAGGGGCCGCUGGCGUCUCAAAUAUCAGGACUUUAUUCGCCGUAUAAAAUUCUUCCUGUUGGUAAUGAAGUUGUAGGGAUUGUUGGAUACACUUCAAAAGAAACCCCCUUUCUCUCCAAUCCAGGAACGAAUUUAGUAUUCGAAGAUGAAAUUGCUGCAUUGCAACCUGAAGUAGAUAAGCUAAAAACUCUAAAUGUGAACAAAAUUAUUGCACUGGGACAUUCUGGUUUUGAAACGGAUAAACUCAUCGCUCAGAAAGUGAAGGGCGUGGACGUAGUGGUGGGAGGACAUUCCAACACCUUUCUUUACACAGGCACUCCACCUUCCAAAGAGGUGCCAGAGGGGCAGUACCCAUUCAUAGUCACGUCCGAUGACGGACGGCAGGUUCCCGUGGUCCAGGCCUAUGCUUUUGGCAAAUACCUAGGCUAUUUGAAGGUUGAGUUUGAUGAAAAAGGAAAUGUCGUCACUUCACAUGGAAAUCCCAUCCUUCUCAACAGCAGCAUUCUGGAAGAUCCAAGCAUAAAAGCAGACAUUAACAAAUGGCGGAUAAAAUUAGAUAAUUACUCAUCCCAGGAACUGGGGAAAACAAUUGUCUAUCUGGAUGGCACCACUCAGUCAUGCCGCUUUCGAGAAUGCAACAUGGGCAACCUGAUUUGUGAUGCUGUGAUUAACAACAACCUGAGACACCCGGAUGAGAUGUCCUGGAACCACGUGUCCAUGUGCAUUUUAAACGGAGGUGGCAUCCGGUCGCCCAUUGACGAGCGGAACAACGGAAUUCACGUGGUGUACGAUCUUUCCCGAAACCCUGGGGACAGAGUGGUCAGAUUAGAGGUUCUCUGCACCCAGUGUCGCGUGCCCAGUUACGAGCCCCUCAGGAUGGAUGAGGUGUACAAGGUGAUCCUCCCGAGCUUCCUUGCCAGCGGUGGGGAUGGAUUCCGGAUGAUAAAGGACGAAGUGUUAAAACAUGACUCUGGUGACCAAGAUAUCAACGUGGUUUCCGGAUACAUCUCAAAAAUGAGAGUAAUUUAUCCAGCAGUUGAAGGUCGGAUCCAGUUUUCUGCAGGAAGUCAUUGCCAUGGAAGCUUUUCUCUAAUACUUCUUUCAGUUUUGGCAGUGAUCAUUGUUUUAUACCAAUAGCCAAAAAUUCUCCUUGCCAUUAAUGGAACUGUAUUUUUUUCUCAAGUGAGAUUCAAGUCUACCUUUUAGGAACUGGCUUUGUGAUGGUGCAGACCAUCCUUGCAGUCUCCUAGAAGCUGAGCUUAGAAGGGCUGUAAAUGAAGACUCUGGCAUCAUCACUCAGGAUCAGCAACUUAAUGAACACACAGGAAAAGAAAUGAAAAUGGGCCCUAUGAGGAGAAAGCCAACCAUCUUUAGUUGACAUAUGCAAAUUUUAAUAACACUUUAUAAACAAUUUUAAACCAUACACAUCAUUUUUCUCCUUUAUAUCCAUUCUAAUCCACCAAACAACUUAUGUUUACAUAGAACUUUAUCAUUUACAAGGGAGUUUUAAGCACAUUAUCUUAUUUGAUGCCCAUAACUUUCGUUGGUGGGCAAGACAGGUAUUGUUUUUCCCAUUUGACAGAUGAGGAAACUAAAGCUCAGAAAGCACUGACAUGUUUAAGGCCAUACAGCUAAAAGUGACAGAUCCCAGACCUGCACCUGGGCCUUCUGCCCUCAGUCCCACACUCUUUCAAUUAUAUCCAGUUAGUUACUGUUCAGGAAGAUACUUAAUGGUCUCCUCUCUUUUUAACUAUCAUCAGUCAGUAGCCCCAGACUCAUGUAGAACAAGUCUCUGCUUUAUUUCUGGUCUCUGUUUUUUUUUUUUUCCUUUUUAGCGCGUGUUGCUAUAGGGUGUUUAACGGACUAAACACAGGGUGGCGUUCUCUCCCGCACCACCGUGUGCCUUUGAGGAGCUGGGAGAAGAGGUGCAGCAGAUAAUGGGAAAGGCCAGGAGCUGCAGAACGCAGUCAAGGGGCAGGGAGAAAGGGAAGGAAAGACCAGGACGCCCAGGACCAACAACAUUAUAGAAGAGAAAGAGCUAAAAGGCCGUUUACACUUGUUAAAUACGUAUUUGCUAAUGAGUAGUAGCACAGUGCCUGACACAUAGCAUUAGCUACUAAUAAUUUUAUGAGAUUCUAUCAGUUCUCCCUCUGCUUCUUUCCUUCUUCUUCCUAAUGGGAAGGUGUCAUGAGAAGAGAACCUUCUUAGAGAAGGUGUAGCUCUAAACCUGCACCUGUCUCUCCCGAGCAAGAUAACAGCACUGAUUCUAGUCUCACACACACACACUCCACCCCCUUUCCCCACUUAUGGGAAAUCCAGAGCGGAGCCAAGGUUGAUUUUUUUAAGUGGUAUACCUAAAUCUAAAGUCAGCUCUGCCUCCAAAUCUGAACAGUCAUUCUCAGUCAUUCUCAGGCACAGAUAUGAGAACUCCUGCCUGAGAGUGUGCCCCUCUGAGUGGGUGCUCAGGAAAUACCCAGACCGACGAAAUAAAUGAUUUAUGCACAAAGAACAAAUACUUGCUUAAGGGGGUGGUGGGACCACGUGAGCCUGCUCGUUACCAUAGAAAUGAUUCAGUGAGAAGUGGGAGCCCUCACCUUACACAAAGAGUCAGUGAACAGCAGCUAAAGGAUUGAAGAGUGAGGAUGUUUCUUGAUGUUUACAAAUAUUAGGUAUUCUUGAUACAAAACAUACUUUUAAAUUUCAUAACCUCUUCAUAAAUGUUGCAGUAAAAUAAUGCCCUAGCUUCUAUGCAUAUACAGACUGGCCAUAAGUAAACAAAUGUCGAUAGACUAAGAGGAAAAUGUCAGUAAGGCUGCAUUUGGGGUAUAUUUGCUUAUGCUUGGCCAGUAAAAUACGGUAAAUCCUAUUGGAGCACAAAUUUUUAAAAAACAUUUUGUAAGUUUUCUAAGUAUGUGUACAUGUAUUAUUCAGUGGUUUAAGAAAUGACCUAAAAACACUUUGCAAUUGUAGGUUCCAAACAAUAAAAUUGAAGAUACACUCCUUGUCUCCGGUAGUUACUUCUUCUCUCAAGCAAACACCUAUAACCCAAGACAAUAUGACCGAUGGAAAACUCUUUGCCAGUUCAUCACUGGUAUCACUUCCCUUGAUUAUAAGCCCCUUGCCAUCUAAUAACCCUCCCUAUCCCCCUUCUUACCUCCAAAACAAGAAAAAUACAUGCAGUUUUUAGGUAGGAAAGAACAGUAAAUAAAGGAUAUUUUAAGUAAGACUACUAAAUUUUAUGGCUUUUACGUACAGAAUUUAAGACCAGUAGUGGUUUCCUAAAAAUAAAAAUGUUCAAGUCAUACAGUGUUAGGGAUUUUAAUUAAUUUAUCUGAACUGGUUGUACAUCAAGAAUUUUCCUCAAUUAAUGCCGAUGAUAGAGCAGACCAGCUGGUACACCGUGAUCAGACACAUUAAAUGCAGUUGGUGGCAGAGCUGCCCUCAGCAGUUUUCAGCAGAGUAAGCGCCCUCAGAGAGUAUGUAGCCCUGUGGAUACAUGACUAGGCUUGCCUAAAUUAGUAACGGUCUCUGAUUUAGUUUCCUGGGGCUGCUGUAACCAAGUACCACAAACUGGGUGGCUGUUAAACAACAGAAAUUCAUCAUCUCACUGUCUGGAGGCUAAAAGUCUAAGAUCAAUUUGGCAAGGUUGGUUCCUUCUGAGGGUUGGGAGGGAGAAUCUGUUCCAGGCGUCUUCCCAGCUCUGGUUAGCCUCAGACAUUCCUUGCCUUAUAGAUGGUAUUCUCCCCAUGCUUUUACAUCCUUUUCCCUCUGUACAUGUCUGUCACUGGGUCCAAAUUUCCCCUUAUACUGUAUAAAGACAUAGUCAUACUGGAUCAGGCCCACUCUAAUGACUUCAUUUUAAUCAUGUGCAAAAACCCUAUUUCUAAAUAAGCUCACAUUCACGGGCACACGGGAUUGGGACUAAAGUCCUGCCACAAGACCUCAGCAUCUUUUCAGGGGACACAAUUCAACCCAUAACCGUCCCCUGGAUGAUCUACGUAAUCAGCCAGGGCAGCCCUGAGGCAACCUUACAAAUGAAGGGUUACAAUUAAUGUUAUUUUUGUGCUGGUAAAAUAGGACACAUUUUAGAAGUUGAUUUGACUCAACCCAAGCAAAUCAAAAGGAACGAGUUUUCCUAACUAAUGCAGUCAAAAGCAGGAGCUUUAAACUUUUAUAGCAAGCUGGGAGAUCUCCAAUCUCUAGUAAGGCGUACUGAGCCCUCUAAGAACCUGAAUGAAAUACUUUAUGAAAAUAUUCGGUUAACAAUUCGGCCCUCUAAGAACCUGAAUGAAAUGCUUUUUGAAAAUAUUCGGUUAACAAGUAAGCUAGUUAGGGUAUGAAGACAAUUUAACUCUGACCUAUGACAUGGAUACUGGCGUAUUAAAAGCAACAACGGAGGGAAUUCCCUCGCAGUCCAGCAGUUAAAAGACUCGGGCUUUAACUGCCGUGGACCCGGGUUCGAUCCCUGGUCACGGAACUAAAAUCCCAAAAGCCAUGUGUUGCAGCCAAAAUAAAUUAAUAAAUAAAACUGAAAAACUUCAAAAAUAAUAAUAAAAUAAAAGCAACACUGGAAAUUACAGACUCAUUAUUCACUGGGAUUUUUGGUUGCAAAAACAAAAAGUCUAUCAGCAGAGACAUACCAGAAGAAUAUUAGCUAGUCCCCAGAAUCAUCCAGAAGCGUGGAGAGCCAGGCCUAGAAAUGGAGAGCAAGCAAGGAAAGUGAGGCAUGGCUAAAAUCCUGCCACGGGAAGAGCCCUCAUACACCGGCCUGGUGCUGCUGGGUUCACCUCCACCACAGCUACACCCGCCAGGGCCACUGGCUGUCCUGGUGCCUCCACUCAGAUGGGAGCAAAUAUCAAGCUGAGCCUGGUUCAGGCCCAAGCUGUCUUUCAUAAAGAUAAAAGAAGGCUGAGUGAGGACUCAACUCCAGCCUUUUGGCUUCCUUCAAUGCCCCUUCCCCCAAUUACCUUGGAAUUCCUCCAAAUAAAAAUGUUCCAGUUUCGGACAAUCAAAAGUGAGAAAUGGCCCCUAUGAGUACUCUGAGAAUCUCCUAGUACAACAAAUAUAUAUGAAAUGAUGUUAAAAAUAAAAACGCUACCUUCUGAGUAUGUCUUGAAAACUAUGUUGAGUUCUUAACUUCCUCUCCAACAAUGUACAUUCACAUGUAUGAUAUCCAGAUUUUUAUGAAAGCCAAAAUCACUCUAAAAGUAAACAACACUAAACUUUUUCUGGUACUUUAAUCAUUAAAUAAUAAGCAUAUUAGUAAUGAAAUCAGUCCCUAAGAUAUAUUAUUAUUUUUUAUAAAGAAAAAAUAAAUAUGGCUAAUCAAAUUUCUAAUUGAGCUUGAGUUUUUAAUUUGAUGUUGACUUUUUUUCAGAUCUAUACUCUACAGAUGAAGUAAGGAAAUCCAUACACUUAAAAAAUAAACAAGUCUUAUCUUUCUGGUGAAAUCACAAUGUAUUGACUUUAUAUGUUAACAUUUAUAUAGCAUUCCUAAAAAUUUCACUAAUUUAUCAUGUUGUGAAACUGAUUUUGUGAUAACUCUUGUGUCAUAACUAAGAAAUGCUUACAGCAUCAUUCCUGCUCAUCUACCACACAGGUGUAUUAUUAUCCUGCUCAAGUUUUCUUCACGUAGCCUUGCCUUAUUCCUUACUGAGUUAUCUUAUCUUUGGGUAAAAGUGGAAAGAAAAGAUGUGACUAUAAAACAAGAGACCCCAGACACUACUGUAGAACAAGUCAUGAUGAACAAACUAGUAACGUAACCUCAGUCAUAACUGUUCUCUAGAAUAACACCACAGAUAAGGAGGCUGUUGGCUCCUUGACUAUCUGAUCACUGCUUCAUCUACCCCUCCCUAACCCAUUCAAGAAAGCCCACAAUGCAAGUGAAUGGGAGUAGCAUUACAGGGCUAAUGAGGAAGCCAAUACAAUUCACAUUUAAAAUAUAAAUAGAAAAAAUAAAUCACACAGUGACUUAAGUACUUUAAAUAUUAUUCACUGUAAUAAAUUACUAGUCAUCCCCUUCAAAUCUAGAUCAAGAGACACCAGUGGGCUCAAUCCCAGAGCUGAGACAACUGCUAAUCUCCACUAGAUACCAGCCACAGCUUAAUGCCAGAGGUCCCUUAACAGAGGGAGGAGAGUGUACAACUAUUAGAAAUAUUAAUAGACUGUAAAAAUUAACACAAGUCCACGUCAUUUACAAAAGAUCAUUAAUCUAUUUAUUAUAAGACCACAUGAACAUCUUUAAACUUUUCAUCAAUAUAGAAAAUUGAGGGAAUUCCCUGGUGGUCCAGUGGUUAGGUCUCAGCACUCUCACUGCCGGGG